AUGGAGGAGCAGAUUUAUCGCUUCUUGCUCGACGAUGUCGCUCUGGACGUGUGUUUCGAGAUGCACCGCCAGAUCUCGGUGGAUGGAGUGAGCCUUGAGGAGCUCUACGACGUGGAACCCAUUGAAUGCACAGUUGACACACCUGUUGUGGAGCAGGACAGCGUCUUUGUGAGCUGCCUGUAUUGCAAGCGACAAGUGCAUGCGUCCAGAUACACGAACCACUUGGAAAAGUGCAUGACCGGCUCGCGACGCAUGGUGACGCCCAAGCAGCGGCAAGAUGCAGCACGAGAGACAGAACGCACGCAGCUACAAAUUCUGAGCAAACCUCAACUCUACGGUGCCGGUGCAUCGUAGGUUAAAUCGAUUGAAAAAUAGCAGAUAAGUAGUUAACCCACAAGCACCUUUUGUCGUGAUUCAGUCAGAAAUCUGGCAAAUCACUAUCAUCAAACUCAAAGUCGGACACUUCGCUGUGUCUUGGAGA